AUGAGAACAUUAAUUGAAAGAUAUUAUUCACAAUAUUAUUUUAUUGAUACAACAAUAACAGACCCAAAUUUAACAGAAGAUCAAUAUGUAAAUCAACAUACUAAUGAAUUGGCAGUUAUUGGUGUUGCACCAUCGCAUCCAGUUUUACAACAAGAAAUUUCAAAGAUUGAAUUUAAAGAGAAUGCAAUUAAUAAUGAAGUUUCAGGUGUUAGAAAAACUGGUGGUUUCAAAUUACAAUCAAAUACAAUCCUAUGUGUUAUAACAUGUUCAAAUGGUAAAGAAUACUUUUUAAGAAGUUGUAUAAAAGGAAAACUAUUAGAAAUUAAUAAAGAAUUAAUUAAUAAUCCAUCAUUAUUAAAAACAAAUCAUGCAACUAGUGGAUUUUUAGCAAUUGUUGAACCAAUGAUUAAAGAUAAAUUCAUGGAAAAUCCAGGUUUAAUUAAAUUUGAAGAAUAUCAUAAACUUAGAAAUAUUCCAAUUCAAAAAGGUCCUGUUUUCUUAAAAGACAAUACAAAUGAUGAAGAUUAA